CGCGCACAAAGGUGAUCCCGAUUCCCGAGUCAGUCGGUGCCGAGCCGCGAUUCAGUGAAUGUCAGAUCUACCGCCGAGCGCACAGUCGAUUUUACGAGGUGUCGCCUUCAGUGUUUUGGUGUUCUGUGACCCAGUGACAAAUCGCAAUUUUACAUCAUCGGACAGUGAGAGACUUCCACACGAUUCUUUCCCCGGAUGAUGGAAAUUCACCUUCUAGCUGUGCACAAUUUAAGAUGUAACUGCUUGAUCCCCUGGCUUCCGAGAUAACGUCUAGUCUUCCCACCAAAAGGAGGAUCGAACGACCUACAUCCAAAUACUGCCCAAUAGAAGGAUAUGGACCGGAUUAUAAGAUUAUGGUGGAUCAUCACAUUUACGUGUAUUGGUUCUGCCCGAGCGUUCUGUCCGGCGAAUUGCAGCUGCGAUGACGAUACCUUAGUUGUAUCCUGCGUCGAAGCAAACUUGGACGUCAUACCGAUCACGCUCAACCCAUCGAUCAAGAGGCUCGUCUUGAAAUUCAACAAGGUCAAAACAGUGGACGCCGCUUUCCAGUUCUACGGAGAGCUGCAAUACGUUGAUCUCUCGUACAACCAAUUGGUGUCGAUACCAACGAAGAGCUUCGAAUCUCAGAAAAAAUUAGGCGAACUUCAUCUCAGCCACAAUAAAAUUUCAGCCAUAACAAACAAAACCUUCGACGGGCUUAAACUGUUGACGGUCCUCAACCUUAAAGGCAAUUUUCUAGAAGACCUUCCAGAUAAGCUGUUCAAAGCGCUACCACAACUGGAGGAACUCAAUUUGGGCCAAAACCGAAUCAACAGGAUAGACGCGACGGCCUUUCAAGGGUUGAACUCCCUCAGAGUCCUCUACUUGGACGAUAACCAACUGAGGGUGGUGCCUACGCCCUGCUUUCCCCUCCUCAGUAGUUUGGCCGAAUUGCACGUCGGGCUCAACGCUUUUACUGCGUUACCUGAUGACUCCUUCAAAGGUCUCAACCGGCUGACGAUUCUAAAUCUCAGUGGAGCGGGUUUGUUAAACAUAAGCGAUAACGCUUUCCGCGGGCUCGCAGCAUUGAGAAAUUUAGUCCUAACAGACAACAGAUUGACGAAAGUCCCGACGAAACAAUUGAGCAUCCUGACCCGUCUCGAAGAACUUUCGAUCGGUCAGAACGACUUUUCCUCUCUCCAAGUCGACGGGUUUAAAGGGCUCACAAAUCUGAGGAAGCUGGAUAUCACAGGCGCCUCCCUUCUGGAAAAAGUCGAAAAAGGCGCUCUGGCGGAAAAUCUGAAUAUCGAAACUCUUAUUCUCAACAGCAAUAAAAGGCUGUCAUCGUUGGACAAAGGAUCCCUCGCGGGACUGCCCAACUUGAGACAUCUAUCACUAAGGGACAACGCUUUUACUACGUUUCCCGAAUCUCUGGUCGCGUGGCCAGAAUUAAGAAAGUUGGACGUGUCUGAAAAUCCUUUGGAGUGCAGUUGCAAAAUAAUGUGGCUGAGAGAGCUGCUAGUAAGCCGUAAUUCUAGCCAAGUACUGUGUUCGCAACCUUUAUCGCUGAAAGACAAAUCCCUCAAAACUUUGACGCCCGACGAAUUGGGAUGCACCCUACACGGCGCCUGGCCUCAUACGGUCAUCGGCGGGGUAUGCGCCGCUAUCGUUGUUUUCAUGGCCGUCAUCAUCAUACUGAUUUAUCACUACAGACGGCGAGUCAGUGACGCCUUAAAAGACUACAAAUGGAACAAACGGGCCAUGGCGAGAAAAGGGAUGGAAUACGAAAAGACUUACACUGACGAAGACGGCCCCAACUACAUUAUCCCCCAGCCGACCUAUCCUAGGCCGAUACCCGUGACGGAACUGUAGCUAGAGCUAUUCGGUUGCGGGCCCGCCACGACACCACCGCCUCCACCACCUCCCAACGUCUUCUACCUGACGGAGAAAGAGGCCAGGAGGACGCCCAGAAGUCACCAAUCCGGAACUGCACCCGCAACCGGCUUUUCGUACAUAUCUGGCGACCAGUUGUACAUGGCGAGUUGCAACACUUUUCGAUCCACACAAAGCAGGCACCACCAUUACGCACGCCCUCACAACACCACCCCUUAAAAUAUUUGAGCACGUUCUCGAUCCCAAUCACUACUAACGUCUAUAGAUUCGUUCUUCACAAAUUUUUAUAUUGACGUUUAAGACUCGAAAGAAAAGAAAAAACAGUUCGUGUCAUUUCACAACAUUCCAAAUUGUUUGACCGGAGGAAUAUUUUCGAGACUUACUAAGCGAGUUAACUGUGGUUUCUACAAUAAAAUUAUGUUUGGAACUAAACGCUGUACGGUAUCCAGUCAACUCAAAAAAGAGAAAAUACUAUCAUUCAACUCCCUAAUUUAUCAGAACUCAAUACCAUAAACUAACUCUCAAAGUUUAGAAUAUUUUCUUAGAAAUGUAAAAAGAUUUUCAAAUGCAAAUAUAUCGUUUCUUCGAAAUAAAACUCCCGCCUUAAAGGUGAUUUUGUAAAUUGUGUACAGUCAUUAGAUUUAGGAUCUUGUAAU